CAAUCGGGCGGCUCAGUGUGAGGCGCGCCCUCGACACUGUCGUCCGCUCGCCGCGCCGCUCCCACGGGCCCGCCUAAACUUGCCGCGCUCUCGCAAACUUUACACAAUAACACUACAAAAAUAAUGACACACUACGGUCCCAGAACAAAAAUAAUAUACUAAACUUCUCAUUCUAUGAACUUUUGAGGCGGAGGAACGUUCAGAGUCACAUGGAUAUACCAGGAUUUUGUUCCUAUGCCAGCAGAACAUCGGCGUGACUGGAAAUAUGCAGCAACCUUGGUCGAUAUACUUACUGGCCAUUUUUAUGCUAGGUCUGGAUUCUAAACUUGUUGGCCAAGCAUUUCAACCGGAAUUCGCAGAACCUUUAAUGAAUUUGACCGUACCAGUGGGUCGAGAUGCCACCUUUAGAUGUCUUGUACACAACCUCGGAGGCUAUAGGGUAGGAUGGGUAAAGGCCGAUACCAAAGCGAUUCAAGCAAUACAUGUUCACGUAAUAACAAAUAAUCACAGGGUUGCCGUCUCACAUAACGGGCAGACCAUUUGGAAUUUACACAUUCGAAACGUUCAAGAGGAGGAUCGGGGUCAAUACAUGUGUCAAAUCAAUACGGAUCCAAUGAAAAGCCAAAUGGGAUACCUGGAAGUAGUAGUUCCUCCAGACUUUGUGUCAGAGGAAACAUCAGGUGACAUGAUGGUGCCAGAAGGUGGAACCGCCAAAGUGUCUUGUCGAGCGAAAGGUGUGCCAGAACCACGUGUUAUGUGGCGAAGAGAAGAUGGCGCUGAUAUAGUUUUACGGGAUGCAAAUGGCGUGAAAACUAAAGUGGACGUUUAUGAGGCGGAGGUGUUGACCCUCGCAAAGAUAUCCCGUUCUGACAUGGGAGCAUAUCUCUGCAUCGCAAGCAAUGGAGUACCACCGACAGUGAGCAAGAGAAUUAUCAUCAAAGUACAUUUUCAUCCUGUUAUUCAAAUUCCAAAUCAGCUGGUGGGAGCGCCGUUGGGCACGGAUGUCACGCUCGAGUGCUACGUCGAAUCCUCGCCAAAAUCCAUAAACUACUGGGUUCGGGAUUCCAAUGAAAUGGUGAUAUCUUCAAGCAAGUACGAAGUGGUGAAUACUGUAAUCAGUUCGUUCGAAAGCAGAAUGGCUCUUACGGUCCGCGGUUUAACUGCGACAGAUGUUGGAGGCUAUCGAUGCGUCGCUAAGAACUCUUUGGGUGAAGUCGACAGCGUAAUACGACUUUAUGAAAUACCUGGACCAUCUAUAAAGAACACCAGCGCGACAGGCAAAAAAGAAGAAUACAAAUAUUCUACGCCAAUAGAAGGUCCCGAUAAUCAAUUUGGUUCCGCGGACAGGUCCGAUGACGAAGAUGAAAAGGAAACUGUCAUGGAUGUCACAGACACCGUCGAAAACAUGGUCAAAACAAACAGAAACAGAACAAUUAACUACACACAACUAAACUCUAUACACGAACACAAGCUUAGCAAUAAAGUACGUAAAAUUAUUAAUAAAUUCGAAAUAGACGAAACAUUCACGAACAGUAGUUCUGAAUUACAUUCUUCUAUACAUGCUCUAAUAGUUGUAAUUUUGGUAUUGUAUUCAAAUGCGCAUUGUACGUUAAGUCUUUGAGACGCAUAUUCUUGUUCCACUAGUAAAUGAUUACAGCUCAGGGCCCUUAUUCUGUAUGAUAGUGUAAACGCUUAACGCGGCCGUGUCAUGUUAUCUUCGAGAAAUGUGCGUGGAAUGGUAUUCUGUAAGCCAAAUUUCUAUAGUCCUAAACAUGAUGCGUUGUGUUACGUGCUUGUUACGCACUGUCAAAAUAAUGUGCGGGAUAGAGAAUAAGGCCCCAGUUAAUGCAAAUGUUUGAACAAUCAUACGUAAUGACGUGCCAAUUUCAGUUCGCACGUUUCAAUGAUUGCAAAACCUACGUUUCAGCUGUUCAUACCAAACUACGCCUACGAUCAACAUAUAUCCAGUAUGUACCUCUGUAAUAUAAUUUAGAUAAUUCUAUAAUGUUUGCGAACUAAAAAUAUAUGUGAAGUAUCGUAUCGUUUUAAACAAAUUAUGUGAAUAUUUCGUAGUGGAAGGAAAA